AAUGGUGCGUCGCUCUGGUUGAGCAACUUGUUCGGUGCGUGCUUUAUUCGAGAAGAAACGUGUGCCUUAAUUUUCCGGUGCAAGAGGCGGCUUCAAACGAAACCAGGAUGAUUCGGGUCGCAAAAUCAUGGAUUUUGCUGGCCAUGUUUCUGGCAGCGCUGCGGACAGCGUACACCGUGAACUACUGCGAUCGUAGCCUUUGUCCCGCUAGCAAACCGCACAUCGCCUGCAAAGACGAUGGUAAGCUGAGCUCCGAAUGUCCACCCGGGGCCAAGAUCAUUGAGAUGAAUGCCGAGAUGAAGGAGCUCAUUCUGGACACCCAUAACAAGUACCGCAGCACGCUGGCAACCGGCGGAGUCGGAUGGCUUCCGAAGGCAGCUGCCAUGCCUACGCUGACUUGGGAUGACGAUCUAGCUGAAACAGCCCAAGUGAACGCUAAUCGGUGCGUCCGAGGACACGACGUUUGCCACAAUACGGACAAGUACAAGAACUCCGGACAGAAUCUCAACUUCUUUGCCACCAGUGCCGACACCAUUGAUGUGAAGGAUCAAGUGCCUAAACUGAUCGGCAGCUGGUGGGAUGAACGUCACGACGUGCACAAGAACAUGGUUAAGACCAUGUACGAUCCUGGCAAGGGAACAAUGGUGUUCCACUUCGCCGUGCUUGCCGGAGAUAAGGUGAACAAGAUCGGUUGCGCUAUUACGCAGUGGAAACCACCGGGCGGUUGGAUUCAGAUCUAUCUGGUGUGCAACUACUCGUUCAACGACUUCGUCGGACUGCCCAUCUACGUCUCCGGGGAACCCUGCUCCAAGUGCCAGAAGGGAUGCAAUCCAAAAUACGCCGGAUUGUGUAACGAGGACGAACCGGUUCCACAGUUGCUUGACUAUCCGGCCGGUAGCUAAACAGCAGAGCAAAAAUAAGAAUUGAACAAAACAACAUGUAGUACAAAAAUUUUCAUAUUACUGUCGUCAGCAUUUUUAGUGAAAGUCCCAUUGACCUGUCAUGUGUUCUGUUGAAUAAUGCUAAUAAAAAAAUUGGUGAAGGGAUAA